UCGUAGCGAUUCGAGCUUGUGCUGGCGCUGAUGUUGCUGUUGCUGUUGCGUGCGUGCUCUUGCUUGCGUUGGCGCGGCGCCUUUUGAUGAUCAGCAGCAGCAGCGGCAGCGCCCCUCGUUGCCAGCAUUUGAAUGCCCGAUUGCGCCUCUACACUCGUCAGGGGGGAUACGUUGCCGCACGCGAUUCAAUCCUCCCCGAAUUGUCGCGCUUCGGAGAUCAGUUUGUGGGCACAAGGAGCUCUGGCGAUGAGCCGCUUCAUGCCACCUCCGCUCCUUGACUCUGUCGAGGUUGACUUUGGUGGCUCGUUGAUCGCCCUGCGCUGUUGUCGAUGUAGGUUUGAUUUGGGUGCAGAAUUAAUGCCACUUUUGAGCCUCAGUGCGAGGAACUUGGAAGUGUGGUCGACUUUUCCCUCCGGCCGUCCGUCUCCUGCCUCGCUCAGCGUUCAAUAGUGGCUUUUUAGUUGUGUAGUUCUAUCACUUAACUUGCUAAGCAAUCAGCUGAAGAGACAGUAAAUGGAAGCUCAAGGCAGGCCUGACGUUAGGGUUCGCAAGGUUCGGCAAGUGCACACUGGACAUGAAAAUGACCUCAUCGCUUCGGUGUCAGAGGGUUUGUUAGACAGCAAUGUGGCUACUUUAGGCUACGAUGAAAGGUACCAAGAUGGUUGCUGCGAUGAGAACCCCCCCAAAAGCCCUGGCAGGGCGCAGGACUUGUGGCGAAAAGUGAAGAAGCAGUACGACUUAGUUGAGUAUCAUGUACUGCCAGAUUAUUUAAGGGAUAACGAGUAUAUUUUGAGGCAUUACAGGUCGAAUUGGCCUCUGAAGGAAACUUUACUGAGUAUAUUCACAAUCCACAACGAGACUCUCAACAUAUGGACGCACUUAAUUGGUUUCUUGGUUUUCCUUGCUCUCACGAUAUUCACAGUCCGGCAAGUGCCAAAAGAAGCUGUUGUGCCUGAGCGGCUUGCAAACUUGAUACAGAUGCCGAACCGUGGCGACUUGCAUCAGUUGCACGUUGAGUUGGUGACCUGUUUUCCUGCAUUAGCGAAUGUGCCAUCAUUUCUUCAAGAUCACUUGCCUCAUAUCCUAGCCAAGUGUGUUCCAGACACUCCUAUCAUUGCAGCUAACAGCACACAACAAUGCUUCAUGCAAACGAUGAAAGAUGCAUUGGGCGUGGAGCUGGACAUGAUAGUUGCAGGCGCCACGCGGGUGCCAUUUCUGGUGUUCAUGGGAGGAGCUAUGUUCUGUCUAUUUUCCAGCAGUUUUUGCCACCUCUUGUCCUGUUACUCUAGUGACCUGACGUAUUGGCUGUUGCGCUUGGACUACGCAGGCAUUGCUACCAUGAUUGCCACCAGUUUCUACCCUCCCGUCUAUUACGUAUUCCUAUGCCAGCCAAUGUGGCGACAUGUCUACUUGACCAGCAUAUCUUUGAUUGGGGUGUCGACUGUGGCCAUCUUUCUCGUGCCCGCGUUCCAAACAGCCAAGUACCGUCCCAUGCGAGCCAUUGCUUUUGCAGCCAUGGGCAUGUCCGGGAUCAUACCUGCUGUGCACAAAAUUGUCUUCUUCCAUCAUGAGCCAGUCUGCAUAGAGACUCUGUGGUAUGAGAUUGGCAUGGGCCUCUUCUAUCUCGUGGGUGUGAUGAUCUAUGUCACACGCAUUCCUGAGCGCUGGAAACCCGGUGCAUUUGACAUUGCUGGUCACAGCCAUCAGCUGUUUCACGUUCUAGUCAUUGCUGGAGCUUACACUCACUACAGAGCCGGAUUGAUCUACAUGAAGUGGCGUGAUGCCCAUGGCUGUGUUCCUGGUAUUACCUCCAUCUGAUUCACUAGGUACGUCUGCAGGCUCCUCUGGUUACAGCACAACUUGUUGACUGGAUUGUUCCACUUUGUGCAGCUCCUGUCCCAUUUGACAAAGUCUAUUUUUUGAGCCAUUGCUAAUGGCUUGGUUUUAGUAUCAUUGAAGUUCUGGAUUAGGAUUUGUGAUCACUCGGAUAAGAUCAUCGAAUGAUUUAAUAUCAUUGGAAGCAAUGCAAGCAUAUGCAUCUUCCAAUAGAGGUGUGCUUGUUUGCUGUCUCAUCAUGAAUGGAUAAACCAUCUAAGCACAGUAUUGCAUGCUCACGUAAAUACUGCCUUCCAUUCGUGGAUUUAAUAUUAAACAAUUUGUUUUGAUCCAUCAAAAAUAAUUGGUGGAUGGGACUAUUUAAA